UUGUUGUUUUGGAGUCACUCGACGCACGUGGCCGUCCUGGGGAAUGUGGUGACUCUUGCUGCGACGGAUAAGGGAUCGGUUGUGUGUCACAACAUUCACCUGUACGACAACUCACUUCCGCCCGAAGGAGUGUAGCAUACAGGUCGUGCACAAAAAUCCUGCUAUUUAUUUAUGGUAAACAGUGGUUUGAACGAUGUCAGCUGAAAUGAAGGACACGCCAGGUCGGGAUAUCCCAGCGCCCACCAGGCGGGUCACCGUCCACGAUGCUGCUCACAUGCCCCAGGAUUACUCGAGUACCCCCGGAGGGACCCUGUUCAGCACCACCCCUGGAGGAACCAGAAUCAUCUAUGACCGGAAGUUCCUCCUCCAGUGCCGGACAUCUCCUUUGGCGCGGACUCCCCCGAGCCUGCCUGACAUCCCAGGAGUCACCAGCCCCCUCAAAGCAGCUGACGUAAUAAAUACCUCAAACUGCAGUACCCAUGUCCACCACCGGGAAGGCAGCGCUGGUGAUGAUUCCCAGUUUGAAAUGGACAUUUAAAGUUCUGAACUGACAGACAAAAAAGUAAAUCCUGCCAAUUUAAAGUAUGGCUAGCAUAUAUUUGCCCAUACUAAACUAGUGCUAUGCCAUAUAAAAAACAAUGUACUCUAAAAGGCUAAGAAUUAAGUUGGAAGGUAAAAAGUGUGGACUUUUUAAAUUUUGGAUGAGUUUGUAGGUAGUCAAGAUACUAAUGUGAUGGUGCUCAACAGUUUGUUUAAGAUGGGUAGCACGGCAUGCCUUUUUAUAAUCAAAUACUAUUUUUUUACAUGUAUGUGUUUUCAUUCUGGAGGAGGCUUUAUCAACAGACUGUUCUUAGGUUUGCUUUUGUCGUAUAAUUGUGGAAAAUCCUAACGCUGUAUUGAGUGUAUUUAGUUAUUAAUGUCAUAAUUAAUGGCCAAAACAAGAAUGAUCCAAUUUGUUACAAAUAUAGUCAGACACAUCCAAUGUGUAGAGCAGGGAACUAGCCUUUGAGUUGUUAGCCGAUGUUUCUGACAAAAUACACAUUUGUUUUUUACCAAAAUAUUUCAUGAUGAAUAGAAAUGUAAUAAGUCAUUGUCCCUAUUCAUAAAGUGUUUUUUUUUUUGUCAGAUUGUUCUCAAUUCACAAAUCAUAAACCUGAUCACACAAAUCUCAGACCAUGUUUGCAUCUUUAUUAUAUAGUCACAGUUAUGAACUAUAAUCAUAUUAUGAUGGUGGCCUGGACUGUUUCUGACGUUGUGUUUCACCCUGCUAUAGACAUAGAUAUUGUAAUCUACCCCAAGCAGUCACAGGUUUGAAGUAACCAAUCGACACAUAAGGCCUUGUGUCAGUAGGUUUAGUUGCCCUACAUUCUGUUGGGGGGAAGAAGUGAGUGACACAGAAGAAGCCGUUCUAGUGUGUCAACAACGAAGCCAGAACCAAUCCCUUAUCAACCUAGGCCUACAAGUUGCAGUAGGCUAUAGAAAGAAUCCUGGUCGCAGAUGCCUUUUCCCACAAGCUCUGUACCCGAGUGGCUUUAUUACAAGAGCACAGGGGCAAGGAAAAAAUAUUAAUUUAGGUUAAGAUAAACACAAACUAUUAUCAGUGGUCAAAGUUAAAUCAUGAUUGUAUGUUGUCUGUGCUGUAUGAGAUCUUUCGGAAUAUGCAUAGGCCUACAAUUUAAACCUAAUUUAAUGUUGACCUGGUGAUAUUUGAGUACAUUGCAAAUCAGAAAUAAAAUAGACACGGUGCGAAAAUAUGAAAACAUUAAAUGUUUUAUUCAAUACAGCGAACAUAUAUAUGGGUUAAUAUGACCUAAAGAGCGGUAAAAUGUUGGCUCCGUGGUUAACUCUGUACAGUGUGGUCCGCAAAGCAUGGAGGUACCGCCACGCAUGGUGCGUGGAACAGAAAAGUGACCGUUUAUGGACGGCUUUAUUCUGUCAGAAAGUGCGUAGGUUGGUGAUUCUGGAAGGAUUUUGUUAUCGACACGUUUUAACGAGGCAGUCCGGAGAACUUUCCCUGAUUAAUGGCCAGGAUGGGGUUGAACAAUACAUGGCCUAAAACGGCAUGUUUGCAACUCAAUCAGCCCCUUUUAUAGGCCGAUAGUCUACUUUU